AUGUCGGACUCCCCCCAAUCUCCUCCCAAGGAUGUCGACCAAGGUGUACAAUCACCGGAAGAGGAACAAAUGAACGAGGCUCAAGACCCACAGUCAGGUGGACUCACCUAUGAGUUCGAGGUCAAGGAGCAGGACCGCUGGUUGCCCAUAGCCAAUGUCGCCCGCAUCAUGAAGAAUGCGCUCCCUGAAAACGCAAAGAUCGCCAAGGAAGCGAAAGAAUGCAUGCAGGAAUGCGUCAGCGAGUUCAUCUCCUUCAUCACGAGUGAGGCCUCGGAGAAGUGUCAUCAGGAGAAGAGAAAGACGGUUAACGGAGAAGACAUUCUAUUCGCCAUGACUUCUUUGGGGUUCGAGAACUACGCAGAGGCCCUCAAGAUCUACCUCUCGAAAUACAGAGAACAGCAAUCCCAGUCCAACAGGGGAGAAACCUCCCACCGUCCAGGCAGCAGUGGCUACGGCGCCAACCCGCCAACCGGAGCAGGAAGUUUCCAAGCCGAGCCACAAAACAGCGUCCUCGGAGGCCAGCAAGGAGAUAGCACCGCCGACGCUCAGGGCUACAUGUACGGCGCGCAGACGGGGCACAAUGGUACCGGCGGCGCCGACGGCUACCAGUAA